AUGUGGUUUUCGAGGAAGUGGUUGGGAGAAAUGGGGGAAAUAUACGAAGACAUUGAACAGGAAUACAAUAAUGAGAUGUUUGGACAAAAACAAAAACGGCCACGAUGGAAGAUGUGCACUGAAGUCACUACGACGGUAAUGAAUGACGCUACCAUAGCGUUGUACGUAAAGAAGGCAUUGGACAAGACUACAAAGAAGAACAUAAUAAAUAUUGCCAACGACCUACUGGAAGUGUUCCGCAAGAAACUCAAUACAAGCAACUGGAUUGAUGAGGAAACUAGAAUUGAAGCUUUGAAUAAGUUAAAUCACAUGCUGCGUCAAAUAGCUUACCCAGAAUUUGUUCUAAAUACAGGAAUGCUUGACAAGCAUUACCGUGAUCUGGAUGUGCGUGACACCGAUUCGUACAGUGAAAUGGUGGAAAAGCUAACUCGAUGGCAUAUCGAACGCUUCUUCGAACAACUCACAAAACUUCCGGAUCGUUUCGUAAUCUUCAACCCAGCCGAUGUCCGUGCAUCGUACUACCUACAUACUAACUCCUUACGUAAGUCUAUGCAUCUCUCAUUCUUCGCUCCCACAUACUCCAAAGCUGCUUUUAGUUAAAA